ACAAAAAUAAACAAUUUAAAGUGAAACUUUUAGAUUUUAGGACCCUUUAAGAUGUCAACUUGUCAAGUAUUUGAAACAAUACAAAAAUUCAUUUAUAAUAUUAAUCAAUUUAGAUUUUAGAAAAUACAAGUUUUGUAAAUUUACAUGUAAAUAUGAUUUUCUUCAAUUUUGUCCUUUAUGUUCUGGAAUUGCUUGGGUAUUUUAACUUUUAGGAUCAAAAUGGAAGGAUCUGAAGAAAAAGGUUUCUCCGAAGUCAACUCUGUAGGACGGGUUGAACAGGCUGGAGUAGAACAUGGACGGAGUGUAGCGGAACUUCAAAGUAGAACCGGAACUGAGAAAGGACGUACCGGAGCAGAGGAAGGAACAAAUGAUUCUCUUGUGAUAGACGAGGAUAAACAAAACGACGAAGAUGAGAAUGAGUUUGAACCUACCGUGGAGAUGAUUAUGAAUGAGUUUGAUGAUGAAAGAACUAUUGAGGAGGAGGAGGAGUUGGGACAGGAGGAUGAACAAGAGGAGAUCAAUGCUCUGGAGAAGGAGCAAGAUAUGCCCAUAGAGGAACUACUCAAACUCUACGGAUACAAACAGCCGGAGAAGAAGGAGGAAGAGGAGGAGGAUGAAGAGGAGGUAGAAGAAGAGCAGAAAGAGGAGUCUCCUAUGGAGAGGUCGGAGUCUGAACCUGAAACUGAAGCACGAGGAGAGAAGAGAAGUUUUUCUACUUCUCCUCCAGUUAAGAAACCAAAAUCAGAGCUUGCAAGGUUUUAUGAGUCUUCGGUGGAGGGCCGGAGUCUGCGUAGCUCCGGUGGGUUGGUUCAGGAGGAGGAGGAAGAAGAAGAGGAAAGUGAAGAGGAGCCGGAGGAGGGAAAGGAUUUCUCCUGGAAGAAAACGAUCAUGAUCGGUCCAUCCUACCAGGCAUCUGUACCCUCCGGAUUAAGUAAUUAUGAUGAUACCCUGCCUUAUGAGAAUGACGAUAAACAGCUGUGGGAUCCGACCCGACUCUCCGAGGAGGUGGCCAAGGAGUAUCUGUCCAAGUCCUUGGAGACCCAAGGAGCCGGUGGAGCUAUGGGUGUCAACGGAAUACCAAAUGGGAGUCAUGUGAGGGAUGAUGAACAGGCAUUGUUCCUUCUCCUCCAGUGCGGUUAUAAUAUGGAGGAAGCUCUACGCCGCAAGCGGAUGAAUGCGGUUCCGCCAGCGGACACAAUGUCUCUGUGGUCCGAGGAGGAGUGCCGAGCUUUCGAGACUGGUUUGCGGGUUUACGGAAAGAAUUUCUACAACAUCCAAAACCAGAAGGUUGGAACAAGAGCAGUUGGAGAGCUGGUUCAAUUCUAUUAUCUGUGGAAGAAGACGGAGCGUCAUGAUGUUUUUGCAAAUUCUUUCCGGAUAGAGAAGAAAAAAUAUACUCUACAUCCGGGUACUACCGAUUACAUGGAGAGGUUUAUGGAUGAACAGGAGACAGGACGGGAUAGAUCUGUGAGUCCAAACUAUCAUUCCUUGAUAUAUGGCGAUACUAAAAAGAAAUCUGAAGGUAGAUUGGGAGAUACGAACGGAGAUUCCGAGCCGAUCGGUUCCACUGACUGACCGGCGGACUAGCCUCACCAAAUUAUGUACAAAUAUUUGCACGUUAGACUAGAUUGAACUCAUUUUGUAAUAAAUAAUUAAAUAUUAAA